AUGAGUUGCCCGAUGCGCAGUGGUGUCGUUGACUCCGUUCAGGGGGGGCAUCAUCUCGGUUCGGAAGCUGGCAUGCUGUACGGCGAGUACCUGAUGCUGGACAAGGUCCUCAGCGCACAACGGAUGCUGUCGGUCGAGGGCAAGAAGCCGGUACACGAUGAGCAUCUGUUUAUUGUGACGCACCAAGCGUACGAGCUUUGGUUCAAGCAGAUCAUCUUUGAGCUGGACUCGAUUCGAGACCUCUUCAGCACCGAACACAUCGAAGAGUCGCGCACGUUGGAAAUCCUGAAGCGCCUCAACCGCAUCGUGAUGAUCCUGAAGCUCCUGGUGGACCAGGUUCCGAUUCUUGAGACAAUGACCCCGCUCGACUUCAUGGACUUCCGCGAUUACCUUUCGCCGGCAUCGGGCUUCCAGAGUCUGCAGUUUCGACUGCUGGAGAACAAGCUGGGCGUCAAGUCGGAGCACCGCGUGAAGUACAACCAAAAGUACACGGAAGUGUUCGGCAGUGACCCCGGUGCGGUGGAGCGGAUCGUCACCACCGAGACCGAGCCGUCGCUGGCGGAUCUGGUGCAGAAGUGGCUAGAGCGGACGCCUGGACUCGAGGAGGAUGGCUUCAACUUUUGGGGCAAGUUUCAGGAGAGUGUCGAAACGCUGCUCACCGAACAGGAAGCAAGUGCCGAGACGGAGGAGCAUGAGAACGUGCGCGAAUACCGGCUGAUGGACAUCGGGAAGCGUCGGGAAGUGUACAAGUCAAUCUUCGAUGCGCAGGUGCAUGACGCUCUGGUAACCCGCGGAGAACGCCGGUUUACACACAAAGCCCUACAGGGUGCGAUCAUGAUCACAUUCUACCGGGACGAACCUCGCUUCAGCCAGCCGCAUCAAUUGCUGAUGUUGCUGAUGGACAUCGACUCGUUGAUCACCAAGUGGAGAUAUAACCACGUCAUCAUGGUGCAGCGGAUGAUCGGGUCGCAACAGCUCGGAACCGGCGGCUCAUCUGGAUACCAAUACUUGCGCUCAACCCUGAGCGAUCGAUACAAGGUGUUCCUCGAUCUGUUCAACCUGUCCACGUUCCUGAUACCUCGCAGCUCCAUUCCACCGCUCACGAGCGAAAUGCAGAAGGCGUUGAACAUGGCCUGGGGUUCGCCAGCGCAUCUGGCGGCGGCCCGGAACGGAACCCUGCACUAAACCACCACCGACCUGGAGUCUCCGAUGCCAAACGAACUACGAUUGUAUAAAUGAAUGCUCUCCUGUUCCUCACCCACUCCAAACACCCUCCCGAUCCUUGCUGUUUACGCGAACGUAACGUAUUUCGCGUGUUAUCAAUGUGCGAUAAUACAGAUUUAAAUAAAUACCAGCCCCCGGAGUG